GUGAUGAGUGAUUCAGAUGAUUCAUUAAAGUAAUAACACCAACUUCCAUAAAAUUUUGGAGAAAUAAUUGAUUCAGAUGAUGAAAAUUGGAUGCCACCUAAAAAGAGUUACAGUCAACUAGAGGAAUUUGAGCCUUCUAAAUUUAACAAGAACAUAAUUGCAUUAGAUUGGGAUUUUACUAAAGUAGAAUAUUAGUUUAAAAUAAUUAGGUAUUUGUAAAAGAACUUAAGAUUGAAGCAUUAUAAGAUCCAACUUGGAGAGUAUAAGUGAUUAAACAAUUUGAGAUACAUCCUACUUUAGAUCAUCCUAAUAUUGUUAAAGUACAAGGUUAAUCAAUAAGAUAGGUUAAAGAGUAGAACUAUGAUGAGAAGAAAAUAAUAUUAGAGUUCUUAAAUGAGGCAAAUUAUUUUAAGAAAGUAAUUCUAGAUGUAUGAUUGUUAUUUUUAAACUAUUAGUAAGCACGUCCUAUAACAAAUAUGAUUAAAUUAAGAUCUUAUAUUUAAGAUAUAGCUGAAGGACUCAAUUAUUUGCAUAAUUUAAGUAAAAACGUAUAAUUAUUUGAGAUUUCGUUCAUAUGGAUAUUAGAAUAGAAACAUUACAUUGUACAAGAGGACUAGAUGAUUUGAUUAGAACAGUAUGUUAAUAAUUAAAUAGAGGUCAAACUUGGAGAUUUUGGGAAUAUCUAAAGAAAGGGUGAUAUUUUAGAUGCGUUUCAUUAUGAAUUUAUCAAAAAAAGAUAACCAAUGAUACCUCCUGAGUUAACAAUAGGUAGUUAAGCUGAUCCAAAAAUGGAUAUCUGGUGUUUUGGUAUAGUAAUUCAUUAAAUGAUCAUGGCUUAUUCACCAAAUUUAAUGCCUUAAAAUUAGAAUCAACCAGCAAAAAUAUCAUUUGCUAAAGCUCAUUGGAGUAAAUAUGAAGUUGAGCUAUUCAAAUUGGUGAAAAGCAUGCUGUAAAUUAAUGCAAAUGAUAGACCAUCAGCAUAGUAAAUACUAUAAAUUCCAUGGCUUUAAUGAUAUAUAUAUAUAUCUAUAAUAUUAAAGUGACC